AUGGUUUUGUUAUUUACAACCGAUCUUCUGUGCCUAGCAACCGAGACUAAUAUAAUGUUAAAAGACCCCGAAUGUGCCGUCGAUAUUCUAGCUGUGUUCUACAGUUUAUCGUUUGCACUAAAUCCAAAUUUCUCUAAGGUCUUUCCCCCACACGCUGAGAUCUUAGAAUACUCUAAUAGCAUCGCAGAGAGAUUCGACGUCAACCGCUAUAUUGUGACGAACACAGAAUGGGAGGGCGCUUACUAG